AUGGCUGACCACUUCGCGUUCACCAAUAGCCCUCUCAAGAAUACCAAGAAAGCCGCAGGCAGUCGCAAGGAGAUGUCGGCGCUUGAGGUAAAAGAAGAGUACAUAACACCGUACGCGAACUUCUCCCAAGACCACCUGAACUCGCCUCCGGGCUCGAAUUUGGAGGAACUCCUGGAAGCCGACACAACGCUAGUAGCCCUAACCGAAUCAUACGUUUCCGCUGUAGGAAAGCCCCAAUAUUCGGCACUUUGCAAAGUCCUGAAUCAUCUCAGCGAGAAAUUCUGUGGGGAUAACGAACCCAUCGUCUUCGUGGACCAUCACACAGCAUAUCUCAAACAUCAUCCCAACGGAUACUUCGACUGCUCUCCGGAUAUUCCUGCCAUGUUGAAGUCUAGAUUCUUGACCUACCCGUCCACUUCCCCUUGCAAAUGCGCCGAGUGGUCCGAUUUGGAGACCGUAGUCGAAGUCAAGAACGAGCACGAAUACUUGGAUGGCAUAACGCAACUGGCCGCAUACCUUGGACUAGCGAAUCAAGCUCGACCAGACAAAGUUGGAAUAUACGGCUUGAUCACAUCGCCGAGUGGGUACCAGAUACAAUAUAGCGAUGCUGGCGGUCUGACUACAUCGCCGUUCUCCGAUUGGGAACACCUCGUUCCCUUGGCGUCCUAUGCAUAUACGCUCUAUUUUCCUCUUCCAGGACGCCCGCGCUGCGACCCGACCAUCACUCGCUCAUCCACUCGCAUAGAAGAUAAACCGACCUGGGAUGUCACGUUCAAAGGCGAAACAUAUCCUGCGUGCCAAGUCAAAUUUGUCGGCCAACCGUGGAAGCGAAUGACGUGGGUCGCCCAAACAGCGGGUAAAUAUCCCACCGUCAUCAAGGAUUCCUACUGGGCGUAUGGCCGGACAUUCAAGGAAGGGGAAUUAUACGAUCUCCUACAGGCUGACGGCAAACCGGCUCCGGGAUUCGUGAGGGUGAUAACACACGGAGACGUCUUCAAUGAGGAGGGCCCCAUUACGUCUAUCAAUAUCGAACCCCAUGUGUAUCGAGUAAAGACUAGACUCAUCAUGGGAACGUCGGGCGACCCAUUGGCCAAGACUCCGAGUAUCCAGCAUUUUCUCAUGACUAUGUACGACAUUCUGGAAGCUCACCGAUGGGCAGUCAAAAGGAGAAACGUCAUUCAUCGAGACAUAAGCAUAGGCAAUAUCAUCAUCAACCCCAAGGACAAGUCGAAAGCCGAAUUGGAUGAGAGUGGCCGACCCAUAUUUAUCAACGAGGUCCUUACAAAAGCAAAACACGCGCCGCCAGUGGCGCGUCUGUACGAUUUCGACAACGGGGCUGAAUACGACCGAAAGCUUGCACAGACACCGUCAUUCAAGGAGUCUCUAGAGCGUAGUCCCGACCACGAACACCUUCGCCAUAGAACGGGCACCCCUCGUUACAUGGCGCGUGCGGUUGCCGCUGGGCGCACUCUUGAACGAGGCUUGGCUCCCUUCAAUAGUAUGCCCUCAUUGUCAUCAAAGGUGCUUGUCCGUUACAAGAAGGUACACCGGGCGGCUGGCGCGGAUCCUUUUCGACAUUUCGAAGAUCGCCAUGGGAUGGUGCACGGCGUCCGUCUUCAUGGUCUCAACGGAGACACCGGCAACGACGAAGAUGACAGCGACAAAUCCGACGACGACGAAUCCAACAACGACGAAUCUGACCGCGAUGAGUUUGUAGUGAACAAGGUAGAAUUUCCCAGUUUCGAAUCUGACAGUGUCGAGUCAGACACAGGCGAAUCUGGCGACGAAGAAUCUAGCGACAACGAAUCAGACGGCGAAUCUGGCGAAGCCAAAUCCGCAGUUAAAGCCCCGAUAUUCCAGCACCUCCCUCGACAUGACGCCGAGUCAGUAUUUUGGGUGAUUGUAGUAUUCCUGCUUCGUGCACUACCCCUUGGCCAGCGUCCGAAAAAAGACAAGAACAUGAAACACUUGAUACCAGUGUGGAAGUGCAUCGCAUCCCACGAAAUCAAGUCCGACCCCGGGAGCUUCCCCUUCGACCUCCGAGCGAUGCUCUUGUCCUCCGGUUGGGAGCAAAAUCUCCAUAAGCAACUUGGCAGCCUGGCUCCUAUGAUGGAGGAGCUCGUCGAGCAAGUUAAACCUGAAUAUAGUCACCUCCCAGCACCUCCUCCAGACGACUUCCAUCUUCAUGAAGCAAUGCAACGCAUCCUACUCAACUAUGCCAUUAAAUUUUCAGGGGACUCCGACAUCCUUCUGAAUACUAAACAAGGUCGCAUCGUUUUUGAACGGAAGGAACCUCCGGCGCAUAGGGCGUCUACUGAGAUUUCUCUGGACGGCCAGCAUUUGCAGCGAGCUGGACACCGCUCGCACAUUUCGGUAUCUCGAGGUUCAGAUGGUAUUGUCAAAGAUAAAAGAAAGCGGAGAGACAGCGUUGAGGCCAAUUCUUCUGACGGCCAAUCCCCCUCACGCUUCCGCCUCCCAGAUAUCCCCCGCGCAAUCCCAGUUGCGGACAAUGAUGGGCGUAUUGGACCAAAUAUAACACGUGAAGAGUACAUCUUCAGAGACAAGCGCCGGCGCAUGUAA